AUGUCCGAUACGAACACCCACGCGCCAUGCUACUUCAUGGAGCUUCCGACUGAGUUGCGCCUCAAGAUUUACCGCAACGUUCUUCCUGAGGCGAGGGAUAGCGUGCGGAAAUUUAUCGACUUCUUUACAUCAGGAAACACUUCGCUGGAGUGGCUGGAAGUUAGGCCCACUCUGGUAAACUACUGCAGAUGGUCUGAGGAAGACAUCAUCGCAGCGGUCUUUGUGGUUAUAGGACCUUUCGAAGCGCUGAGCAACAUCAAAACAGCAACAUUGGUGGCCCUAAAUUACACAAGCUGCGGUAGACAUGGUACCGAGCGUCACUCAGCCAUCGCUAGCCUCCAUACCAAUCAGCUUUACGGUCGACUUCGAGAGGAGUGGCUCUCUUCCAUCACAGAGUCCAAGCCAGCCCCAGGACCCACGGACAACGAGCAGGGAAAGGUUGCGUACGGCGUUAUCGAAGAAGUCCUUCAACUGAUAUAUCGGGUAAUGCCAUAUGCGGUGCGAGGUACUUACAGUUCGAUCAAUCGCCGCUUGGAUGGCCUCGAGCUCCCGUUUCACUCCGCCCGCGUUGCCUACGAAAACGGCGAUGUCGAGACUUUGGUAGCAAUCAGAGAAGCCAUCAGGGUAGAAUGGGUCAAAUUACAACCCCGGCUGUCGAGCGAAGCAUCUGCCAUCUCGCAGUCAAUCUACGACAUGUUCAAAACUAGGGAUAUCGCAGAACUGCCCGAGUCAAAUCCACGCGUCGUGCCAUCAGAGACUAAGACGUCAAAGUCCCGUUUCUACGAUGGAUGA